AUGGAUAAACAAGAUCUGCCUGAAGAAUUUGAUAUUGAGCAAAUGUUUAUCACUUAUCAAACAGGGAAAGGUUCGGAGCACACAGUUCCUGUUCUCUUUCCACCAGAAUGCAUAAAAGCAAUGCGAUAUCUGACAAACAAAGAAAUAAAAAAAGGUGCAAUUAAUGCCACCCAAAAUCGGCAUUGUAUUGCUACAAUCUUAGCAAAGCUGGAGUUAUCAGAAAAGGAAAAAACUUUAAUUUAUAAUCACUUUGGACAUUCAGAAAGAAUCAAUCAAAAUGUUUACCAAGCUGCUCCUGGAUCCUUACAAAUAAAAACAACAGGCAAAAGACUAAGAGCUAUUCAAGAAGUGACAAAGGUUGAUCUAACUCCAUUCAAGUCAAUUAUUUCUAAUUCAGCUGAACAAGACUUAAGCACUAUAGGAGAACAUGUAAUACCAACUGAUGUUAUAGAAAGUGAAACUGGAAGAAAAAAGUAUCCUAAAAGAUCUUUCCAUGAAGUUGAUUUUACAAAGAUAUCUGGAAAUGAUAGUAAAGUGGAAGGUGAGAGAAAGAUAAAGCAAGUGCUAAAACUUGAAAAAGAAAAAGCGAUCAAUAAAGAGAAAAAUUUAACAGUUGAAAAAAAGUCAUGGAAUAAGUCUAGUAAAGUUGCGUUUAACAAAGAAUUUGCUCUUCACCUUAAAAAUUAUCGUGGAUAUCCAGGCCGUAAAGAAAUGGAAGUAUUUGCAGAAAAAUUUUGUUUAGACCUCAAACAAAUCAGAACUAGAAUUGUUAAUACUCGAAGAAUAAAGCAGAAUUUUCGGAAGAAGACAGUUGCACUUAUGGGAAUUGAUUAAUGCUACUAGGUUGCUUUUAUGCCCUUUGCGGGCUGAUAUGACAGAAGGAAGCCUGCAACCAAACAAUUAAAUCUCAUUUAAUAUCAUUAAAUCUGUAGAUUAACACGCGUUAUUUUAGCUUAUAAGUAUAAUAAAAAUAGUAUAAACGUUUUCCUAAAAAGAGGUAACUUGCUUUUUCUAAUAAAAUUUGUGUUAAAACUGUGUAAUAUGGUGCCUACUUGCGUCAGUUUAAACCCUGAGUAUUUUUAACUGUUAUUGUUUUUAAACUUUGUGGUUGUUUGAGUUUUUGUUAUAAUAAUGUAUUAAAACUUUAUAAAAUAAUAAAAAAGAAAAUUGUUAUUAUUUUGAAAUAUGCUCCGAAUAUAAACGAUAAACGAGGUAAAUAAAUAUUUGUUAACUUAA